UCUCUAGCCGGAUAGCAACAUAGCACGUUUUGUUUGAUUUGUUUUCUAAGAUGAAUAAUUCUGAAAAUGGCAAGCACUCUAAGGAGGGUCUACGCGAAAUGCGUUGUAAAUUCAAUCCGCUUUCGCGCUCCGAUGGCUCCGUCAUGUUUAGUCAGGGUGCAACAGUUGUCAUUGCUGCUGUUUUGGGGCCCAUAGAGGUGAAGACACAAAAUCUGAGCAUUGAGGGUAGUUAUAUGGAGUGCAACUAUCGACCCAAAGCGGGCUUACCACAGGUUAAGGAACGAAUACGUGAGGCGGCUAUAAAAGAUGUCCUGGAACUGGCGGUGCUGAGUGAAGCUUAUCCACGAGCAAAAAUGUCACUGCAGCUGCAAGAACUGGAGGAUCGAGGAAGUAUCGAUGCAUGCGCCUUGAAUGCUGCCUGCCUGGCCAUGUUAAUAGGUGGAUUGCCUUUAAAAUACAGUUUUGCUGCCGUGCACUGCAUUAUAAAUGAGGAAGGCGAAUUUGUAGUGGAUCCGGAGCUGAGUGAGACGAAGCAUCAACGAGCCAGCUUUACAUUUGCAUUUGACUCUGUGGAUGGCAAUUUGCUGUUGGUGCAAACAAAAGGCGCUUUUAAGGUUGCCCAAUUCAACGACAUCGAGUGUAUUUGUCGCUCUGUCAGCGCUGAAAUAUUUUCGUUCUAUCGCACCACCAUUGCCAAAUACCAUAGCAGAAGCGCAGAGCAAUCUGCGGCGACAAAGGAGCAAAGCAGCGGGUUGCCAAUGGAAACGUAAUUAAUAAAUAAUGCCUAAGUUUGAAUAAAGUCAAGUUUAUUAUGUAAA